CAUCCCACCCACGACGAUCACAGGGUUGUGUACUGCUGCUCUGCGGCAUCCUCGCUGUCGUCUAUAGCGAUUCUCAAGGCUAUCAGAUAGCCUGUCGAGCACUCCUGGUUCUGGAGACCACCAUCUGUCGGAAUGUCUUUCAGCGAGGACAUUACAGAUGUCUCACUAGAUGGCGCGAGUCGUAUCGAGACGAAUCCACUGCGAUUGCAAUCGCUCAAUGGGGACGUGUUGUCGCACAUCACAUCCUUCCUCACCUACCCAGAUGCAUUGUCCCUAUUAUGCACCUGUAAAGCCAUUAGCAGGGUCUCCAUCGACCCAGCUCUGCACACGGUUGUACUUGGUCGCUCCUCAGCGGAGCUCCUCCACUUUCGGGACUUCCUCCUAGCCAAGACCUCUCGUGCCCUCUUUGUGAAGUCCUUGAAGAUCACAAAGACCGUAACGUGGGACCUUGACAGCAAAGAUAUUGCACGUGCUCUCGCUGACGUGCUGGAGAAGACCACCAGGCUCGAGGCUUUCAGCUGUGGGGCCAUGCGCGAACUCAUCACCGUGGAUAGUCGCAUCAAGGAGAACCUCAUCUACCUUACAGAGCUGAGGGAGCUCACUCUUCUCGAAGGUGGACCCGAGAUCGUGAACAUCGCAACAUCCUCCAAGUCGAUAACCAUCGAACAGCUUACUCUCGACUUGCUCUUCCACGCCAACAAAGUCACUUUUGAAGACUUCUUCGGCCAGCUCUCACGCCAUCGCCGUCUCACACAUCUCUCCAUCUCCAGGAUGUACGAUCGAAUCAUCAUCCCCCCCAACUGGGAACCUGCGCUCGCCCGUGCCCGCAUGCCCUCCGUUCGCAACCUCACUUUCACCUGCACCUAUAUCCCUCUCGCGCUUGCCUCCGCCGCCUUCCCCAACGUCACGCGCCUCCACUUCAGCAAUGCGCGCCACUACCCCAAGUUUGGCCCAGUCCGGGUGCAGAAACCCGUCGAUGUCACCCCAUGUUGGCCCAUGCUCGAGGAUGCGCAAAUCGACGCGCGCGACCUCGAGAUCUGGCCAGUUGCGAGCGCGACGCGUCGUCUUGACCUCGACGUUCUCCGUGGGGGUUACUCUGUCGAGGCAUUGACAGCUGUCGAGCGCAUGAACCCGUGGGUUUUGGCGUGCGCAUAUACGAUCGACGCGGACAACCUCUUCUGGGUGCGCUUGCCUAUCAUCGCGACUGAGCUGCGGUUCCUCGAUGUCCGUGUCCUUGAGCUCUCUGGGAGUCCGAGGAAAUACAUGCUCAUGCAUCUCACCCGACUUCCCGCGCUCACCGUACUCUUCGUGUGCAUCCGUGCGUUCCACCAGCCGAUGGACCCGGCCGCGGAGAUCGCCGCACUCGCCCGCCAGUUCGGCCAACACAACUCGAAGCUGCGCUUCGUGGGCCUGUCUUUCGCGGACGGGCGCUCCAUGCGCGAGGACGAGCCGGUCUUCGACGAGGAGCGGCUCGGGUCGACGUGGUUCGAGAUCCGCCGCGAGAAGUUGGAGGAUAUCGUUAUGGAGGACGGCGCUAUGGUCGUGGAUGACUGGGAGCCCAUGGAGGUUGUGGCGAUCCCGACGGCGGUGGGGUUGAAGGUGCGGGACUACAUGUAUGAGGCGGAUUACGAUGCGCCUGGAUGGGAGGACCGGCUUUCUACGUUCUCUUGACCUGGGACAAUGCGCGACACGGACUCUGUAACUUCGGAUAAAUUCUCGGGUUGUAGCAUGAUGUGGAGCCUUGGCGAUGUAUGCAUUGUAGUCCUUAGAUGGUGAUGAGCUCCUAGUCCGGUCCGUAAUCAUGUAUAAUAACGAAAGUUUUAUCUCACAGUGUAU